GAUCGACUAAGCCAAGGAACACUUACCAAUCAAACAAAGUCAUUGUUGACAAUGAAAUUUGAUAGAUCAGCACAACAUGGAAUCAUGGAUGAGCUAACGCAAAUGGGUAGGAGGCUCUUGGAUCUGCAAAGAGAAUGUCAUAUCCCUGGUCAUAUUAGAGAACAACAUAAGCAAAUACUGCAAAAAUGGACAAUUGAUGGCGAAUCCUUUCAAGAAACAAGGGCAAGUAGGAAAGCAAGAGAGAUAAUUGAAGAGAGAGGAGUUUUGUUUAUCUUUGGUGGUCCAGGCAGUGGGAAGACCUUCAUUGCAAGGCAUUUAGCUAUUCAGUUUCAGGCACAAAAGUGGGAAAUCAUUCCUGUUAGAAGCCCUGAUGAAAUCCGGCAGUAUUUGUAUCCUGUGAUAAAUCAACUUUUUGUUCUCGACAAUCCAUUUGGAAGCUUCGGUUUAGAUAUGUCAAAGCAUGAAUGCUUCAUAGACAUCUUUGACUAUCUUCCUUGUAUCUCAAAAACAUCUACAACAAAAUUAAUAUUUACCUGCAGGAAAAAUGUAUAUGUAGAAUGCAAAGAUCUGGAAAUUUUCACUAUAGAAGGGGAAAGUACGAUUGAUAUUGAAAACGAAGAAUAUCACCUAAAUAGCGAGGAAAGAUUAAGAAUUCUAGAAACGUACUGCAUUAAAAGAAAUAUUCCUAAGGUUAAUUAUGACCAGGUUUCUGUUGAAAACAACUAUCCAAUGUUCCCUCUUUUAUGCAGUUUACUUCGUAGUGACACUGACAUACAGCAAAGUCUUGAUCAUCCACAUGAAUGCUUGCGAAGGGAACUAUUGGUUAUGAAAAAGUAUGAUGCAGUAAUGUUUGUUGUUCUGGUAUUAUGUGUUUUUCGAAAUAAUGCAUGUACAGAUGGAUUCAUUGAUAAGAACGAAGUAUUAUUAUCAGAAAUACUAUCUAAUUGUGGACUGAGUAGUAACACGUCUACAUCAAUUGUGCGUGAAGCCUUUACUAAACUUCAAGGAACAUACCUUUCGGACACGAAGGACAGGAUAAUGUUUAUCCACGAUUCAGUAUUUGAGGUUGUAGCUAUUAUGUAUGGAAAAGAAAAUAUAAAACAUUUUCUCGAUAACAUAUCUUUUGAAUACCUUACGAAUAAUACUAACAUUGUGAGGUCGAAAACAGUCAGUUCAAAUCCGUCAAUCCUACAGCUACAGUUGGAGGAUUAUUCGUAUUUAUCAGGACGAGUAUAUUAUGAGCUAAGUCAAUUAAAUUUCUUUUCUGUUUUCGGAUCCACAAAGUCUUUCCUGAACGACAAAAACUUUCUGGCAUAUUUUCUUCGCUAUCUGGAUGAUAUUUAUUUUCCGGAAAUCAAAAAUAUGUUUUUGAUAGAUCAUGUGUACAGUUCGAAAAUGUGUAAUUUUGAGGAUGUAUAUACAUUUCAAGGGCACAAAAGCUUGCGUCAUAGAAUACUUGUAAGUCAUAGCGCUGAUAAAAAUAUGCAAAAUGUACGAGCAUUGAGCUGGGUAUUGGCAUUCGGUCACUCGGGGAUACUGAAGUAUUUGCUAAAAAGACUUGAACUGAAUAAAUGUGGCAAUCUCAGAAUAAACGAAGUUCGGGAUCUGUUCCUCACAAAUGACCAUCUAGAGCAAACAAGAUUAUUAAUGUUAGCUUGCUUAAGUGGGGAGUUAGAAAUUGUGCAUUUUGUGAUUCAACACUCCGAAAGUGUAUGUUUGCAGACUGAAUAUCCCCCUGGGGUUUAUGUUCCAAUACUUGUCAGUUGUCUAACGCCAUAUACGUACGUUGUAGAGGCUCUUAUACGUGCUGGAUCAAAUGUUGAUGCCACAGAAAACGCGUAUUAUAAUGUACGUGAUACUGCAAUUUCAACUGCUGUAAAAAAUAAGCAAAAGGCAGUCGUUGAGGUCCUCAUUAAAUACGGAGCCGAUGUUAACAAGUGUAACGCAAAUGGUGAAACACCAUUAAUUAUUGCGUCCCGAAGUGGAAGCUUAGAACUUGUUAAACUUUUAGUUGAAAAUGGUGCUGAUGUGGAAUUAUGUGAUGCGAAAAAUAAAUUACCUUUAUAUUACGGAAUCAAAAUUUGUCAAACUCAAAUUGUGAAAUGCCUUUUAGAGAACGGGGCUGAUUUGAGCAAGCUUAUCGAUGACAACCAAACCGUAUCGGUUUACGAAUUGCAGUUAAUUCAAGGUGAACUUGGUCUUGCUCACAAUAUCAUAGAUAUAAUGUACAGAGCAGCUGAGUGUGGUCGUAUAGACGUUUUAGAUUACAUAAAGCAACAGAAACAAGAGGGAACACUUUCUUACUCUAAAGUUGACCAGCUCUUGUACGCAACGUGUGAGAAUGGUCAAUUUGAAGCAAUGAAAUAUCUAAUCAAUGAAGGUUAUGAUGUCAAUUAUUGUGAUGAACAACAUACGAUCCCUUUGUGUGUUGCUUCGGAACAAGGAGAUGUCUCCAUUGUAUCUUACCUACUUGAAAAUCUAGCUGUUAAUCCAAACCAGACUGAUAUCCAUCAAAAAUCAGCGCUUCAUUGGGCAACAGAAAGGAAUAAUCAGGAGGUUGUUGAAUAUUUACUCAAAAAAGGAGCCUCAAUAAAUAUUCUUGAUGAAAAUAGGGCGUCUCCUUUACAUUAUUCAUGUUCUGAAGGGAAUUACGAAUUGGUGCAUUUUCUUCUGACUCAUGAUGCCGACAUAAAUAUGAUUAUGAAUGGAGGGAACACGCCUCUCUUUUGUGCUUUUAAAAAUAGACGACUGAAAAUCAUAGAUCUUCUCUUAAUACACGGUGCAGAUCUUCAUACACGAGAUAACAAAACGGAAUCUCUUUUACAUUUGGCGUCAAAGCUUGGGGAUAUUCGAAUUGUGCAAAGAUUGAUUGACCUAGGCUGUCAGGUUAAUAUAUGCGAAAGAUAUUACGGAUGUUCACCGUUAUCAAUUGCGAUAGACAGCGGCAAUUUUGAAAUGAUGAAAUGUUUGGUGAUAAAUGGAAAUGCAGAUACCAAUCUAUGUGAUGAAAUGAGUACCUCUCCUUUAUUGAAAGCAUCUGAAAUGGGUAAUAAAGACAUUGCCGAAUUUCUUUUAAAGAAUGGGGCGAAUGUGAAUCUUUCUAAUCUGUUUCAUCAGACACCACUUCAUAUGGCAGUACUCAAUAGCCAUAAUGAUGUUAUAACACUUUUGCUAAAAUUCGGAGCAGAUGUCAAUUUUGUUGAUAAAUUCAGUAAAUCUCCUUUUGAUUAUGCGAACGACGACAUUUUACACGAAUUCUUGAAUGCAUUACCCAUCAACCAGCUUGCUUUCAUAGGUACUCGUUUAUAAUUCUAUCGGUAUUUUUGAGAGUACGGAUUUAUGUAAUGGCAUCUUUAAAUGAACGAUCCUUUCAUUGUUUUCUGCACCAUACUGAACUUUGGCGCUUUAAAUCAUCGGGGUUUUGCGCAGAUCUAGACCAUUAUACCUUGACGUGACCAUCGGACCUUGGAGUCCAUUCCAUCUUUUCUGUCCCCAAUUUAUAUACCAUAUACGUAAAAUAUUUAGCGAGGAUUUAAUUUUGGCAUUAUUAGCGAGGGUCCUGAGAUCGCUAAAGAACAAGGUAUGGUUUCCAUACAAAUUUUGCCCUGAGAUUUUCCGAAAAAUGAAACUGGUGUAAAAGUUGAAAACUCAUGCUUUUUUAAUAAUUGAAAUUCAAUGCAGAAAAAUCACAAAAAUCAUUUUUCUCACAUGUGUUUUUAAAUGCUAAUGAUGACGUCAUAAACUUGUGCAUUUUCCCGUAUUUUCUUAAAAAGUUGCAAAAGACACAAAUUUUCAAUGGAAUUUUCUUUCAGAAAACAUUGUCCACAGGCAUCGCCCACAAAGAUCUUGAGAUAUGUGAUUUGUUAUUGAAUUUUGCACAAAAUAUCAAAAAAUUAACGUGGGCAACGGCUGUGGACACUGUUUUCUAAAGGAAAAUCGCCCUUGAAAUGGGCCAUUUUGAGGCUUUUUCUGUUGAAAAUAGAGAAAUGCUUCACGUUAAUGACGUCAUAUUCGCAGAAUGGCAAACCUUCAUGCCAUAUUCUUUCCUGAUUUAUCACAGUCAUAUAUUUAACUAAUAUUUAAGCCAGUUUCAAAACUUUUUGAUGUAAUUACAUUUUUAGGGCGCAAUAAUGCUAAAACCAUACCUU